AACGAACUGCCAGCGGGAGCGAAUCUCACAGUCAUAGGCUGGGGCAAGACAAACGACUAUAAACACCACGGGAACCAAUGCCGCCUCGCCAUGAGGCACACCAUCACCAGCAACAUGUUCUGCGCCAUUGGAGAGAAUGGCAAGGACGCCUGCGAGGGCGACUCGGGGGGACCCAUCCUACAGGCAGGCCGUCCCGUGGGCGUUGUUUCCUGGGGCUAUAGCUGCGGAAGUGGUUAUCCGGGCGUGUACACGCGACUCAGUAGCCCUCCCAUUAAGCACUGGCUCCAGAGCCGCCUCGACUGCCAUUGCAGGGUGUAAUCUGGUGGAAGCUCCGUCGAAAUAAAUUAGAGUUAAUCUCUUUGGUGCACCUAUUGUAUGGCAGCCGACU